AUGACCGACUCGAAGUUGAGUAGGGCAGACGCCCCGCAACCUGGCGGUGCGCCGCUCGUGGCGUAUGACGAACUUGCGCGGCACACUUCACGAGACAGUCUCUGGGUGCUCGUCGGCGAUGUUGUGUACGAUGUCACAGGACUCUUGGACUCGCAUCCAGGAGGAACGGGUCCACUCCUGAAAUGGGCCGGCAAGAAUGCGACGAAGGCCUUCGCGCCGAUACAUCCGCCGGGGACACUCGAGACUUUACCCCGCGAAGCGACAAUAGGGAAAAUCGACCAGGCCACGAUUCCCCGUGCAGUGGAGGAGAUGACGCCCGAGGAGAAGAAGAUGAAGGCCGCGCGGGAUGCACUGCCGCCUGUACAGGCUGUUCUGAAUCUUGCCGAGAUUGAGGCUUUAGCAGAGGGCGUCCUUAGCGCAACAGCAUGGGGUUACUACCGAUCGGCGGGCGACGACGAGAAUACUUUCGACGAAAACAGAAGGUCGUUCAAGCAAUGGUGGUUCCGACCACGCGUUCUUCAUAAGAUAACGAACACGGACACGACUUGUCGUAUCUUCGGGCAUGCAUCUCUCUUGCCCAUCUGGGCUGCUCCUGCAGCGCUUGCUCGCUUGGGACAUCCAGACGGGGAGAUGAACAUCGUGCGCGCGGCCGGGAAGGAGGGUAUCGUCUACAGCAUUUCUAGCAAUGCGAGUUGCUCUACAGAAGAGAUCAUGAGCGCGAGGCAGCCCGGCCAGAACCUUGUCUUCCAGUUAUACGUGAACAGGGAUCGUGCGGCAACGACUGCACAGCUGCCAAAGUUAAGGAGUCAGGGAUAUAGCGCGCUCAUGGUUACCGUCGACGCGGCCGUCGCGGGCAAUCGCGAACGCGAUCAGCGUGCCAAGGGUGGCGAAUUUGUAGGUCCUGCGCGGGGAAAGAGUGACGCUGGUGGUGGCGCGGGUGUCGCUCUCGCCAUCAGUGGGUAUCAGGAUCCGGACGUGGCCUGGGAGGACAUCCCAUGGAUACAAAGCCUGACAGACCUUCCGAUCUAUGUGAAGGGCAUCCAGUGCGUAGAGGAUGCUGCUACGGCACUCGAGGUGUACAAAGUGCAGGGGAUCAUUCUCUCGAACCACGGGGGGCGGUCACUGGACUACGCGCCGCCCCCGAUGGCGAUCUUGCAAGAGCUGAGAGCGGAGAGGCCUGAGCUUCUCGACCGGCACGAGGUGCACAUCGACGGAGGCGUCACGCGCGGGACGGACGUGCUCAAGGCGCUUUGCCUGGGCGCACGGGGUGUCGGGUUAGGGCGAGCGUUCCUGUACGGCAAUGCACUCUGGGGCGAGGAGGGCUGCCGGCGGACGAUCGAGAUCAUGCGGAAUGAGAUCAUAACAGGGAUGCGGCUGAUGGGAGUGACUAGAAUUGAGCAGCUGCGGCCCGAAUUGGUACGCUGGGCGAUGAACUCGCUCAGCUACCUGUCCCGGCAACUGGAUGUGCUGGCCACCAAGUCGGCGCCGAACACCCCGCGGUCCGAGCUGCCGCCGCCGUUGGCGAGCUCGAGCUCGAGCGGUGGCGACGGUGGCCAAGCGCGCAAGCCUACCUGGUCGCUCAAAUCGCUCGUCGCGCCGCCCGCACCGCGCCGCUCGCUGUCUUCCCCGGCCCUCAUCGCCACGCGCGCGAAGGACCCUCCCCCGCCGUUGAAACCGGCGCCACGGCGACCAUCAGCCCGGCGGUCAUCACUUCGGACAAAGGCGACGUCACAGGCGGGCGGCAGCGUGGCACGGCGCAUGCUCCUCGUCCGUGUGAUUGUCCUCGUCUGGCAGGCGAUGUGCGCCGCCGUGGAGACGCUCGGCGGGGCGCUGACCAUGCGAUGGCUCUGGGCCGCUCGCGCCAACGAACCAACAUGCGCGGAGGAGAAGAAACCGCUGCUGGCGGACAAAGAAGGGCUGCCCGUCCCGCCCUUUGUCGUGCGCUCGCCCACGGACCCCUCCAUCCCCGUCGUGAACGCCGCAGAACGCGCGCACAUCCACCUCUUCUCCCCAGAGACCGCACAGGCCCGCGUCUCUCGCACUCCCUCGCCAAACUCCGCGUCCGGCCUGCCCAUACCCCCACGCCGCACCCCGUUUCAUCUCCCAAAGACCCUCGUACUCGACCUCGACGAGACCCUCAUACACAGCACAUCCCGGCCCCUGCCCUCUUUCAACUCUGGUUUACUCGGCUUAUCUCUCGGUCGUCGAGACCGGCCGCACCACGAGGUCGAGGUCACCCUGGGCGGACGCAGCACGACAUACCACGUCUAUAAGCGCCCGUUCGUGGACUACUUCUUGCGAAAGGUCUCCUCUUGGUACACGCUCGUCAUCUUCACCGCAAGUAUGCAGGAGUAUGCGGAUCCGGUAAUCGACUGGCUCGACGCAGGAACCGGCAUCUUAUCGAGGAGACUAUUCCGCGAGUCGUGCACGCAGCUUCCCAACGGCUCCUACUCCAAGGACUUGUCAAUCGUGGAGGCGGACCUCGCUCGCGUGGCUCUACUGGACAAUUCGCCUAUAUCUUAUAGCAUCAAUGAGACUAACGGCAUCCCAAUAGAGGGUUGGACCCACGACCCACACGACGAGGCGUUAUUGGACCUGUUGCCCAUUCUCGACUCGCUGCGUUUCACGAGCGACGUUCGACGCGUGCUUGGCCUCCGCGGCUUCAGCAUUGCAUAG